AUGUCGAAAUCGACACCGGCCUCCCCUCCUUUGAGUCCCCGCCAGCGUCUUGGCUCCAUACUUACUGGCAACAGCCGCGCUGCUUCUUCAGCAGUAUCAUCAUCAGCAAUUUCGACAGCCAGUCCUUUGUCUCCCAUUGGAAAGGAUGGAGGCGAAGUCACCCCCCAGUCAAUGUCACAUGACGGCAUGCACCGCACUCGCACCCAUCGACUGUCUCGCCUCAGAUCGCCCUUCAAGGGUAGCGAUGUAGGCACCGUAGACAGUCCCGAGCGUAAGACCUCGGGCAUGAGACCCUCGACUAGCGAGUGCCCCCUACUGGACCUGCCUCCCACCAGCUCUGACAUGCAAGGCGACUACGUUGACGUCGCAAAAACUUUGAUGACUCCGUCGGCACUUUCGAGAAGCUCGUCUUAUCAGAUCUCAAGACCGACAUCGCCCUCUUCAGCAGCAAUUCUGCGCAGCCUAUCGAUGCAGUCCGGUCCACCGAUGUACGUAAUGAGCCCUUCCACAAGCCCAGCCAAACGUACUGGGCCCUUCCUAUUCAAUCGAUCGCGCAAGAAUUCUGAUGUCGCACUCAAAGAGGGUAGCGGUGAGGGAAGGCUCGCCUUCAGCAGGCACUCUUCGAGACCCGCCAGUCCUAUAAGGACGAAUUCAGAGCGUUCACUGUAUCCUUACAAGAGAAAGUCAGUGGGAGCACCAGUGAUCGGUCUUCCUACCAACUUCAAGCAUACAUCAGGCAUAUCAACUGCUCCGCUACAGAAUGCACUACAGCUAGCAGGGCUGGCUGCCGUCUCGUCUAGGCAGAGCUCAGUAUCUGAGGGCGGGCAGACUUUUUUCAGACCCAACACAGACCGAACAUCAGCUCUACUGGAGGACAAGCAAUCUCUAGCCGAGGCUCUGGACGAGAUUGAAAAGGCCCUCGACGGGAUGCCUGCGAGAUUCACAGAUCAGCAAUUCCAGCGCUCCCCUCCUCCCCUGGUCUCGCAGAAGAAAGACACAUUAGACACAGUCGACAUAGUGUCCAGUGGCCUUGCACAGCGUCUUGACGAUGCUGGACAGAGUAUGCGACCCUUGACAGUACUUGCGCAAAGUAAGGAAGACGAGUCACACUUGUCGACAAGCGGUGACAAAUUGAUUACCCACGAGUUUACAUGUCCUGCACCACCAAGCAGACCAGUCAAAGGAUCUUUGCGCUCCCCAUCCGUGUCUCCCGUCAAAUGUCUCCAUCGCAAGCCCGUCCCCAAGCUCGAAGACGCAUUGCGCAGCGAAGUGGCAGUGUCGCCUCCUCAGCGUGGCGUACUUCCCAUCUCAGAAACAAAUGAUGUGAGAAGUGGUAUCCAGGGCGCAGAGCAACUGCCUGACAAGGAGGUAGCGAAGAUGCCGCCUUGCAUCUCUGUCAAGCCAUCGCAGGACUGGUCGGCUACCCUGGCUGAAAUCAAAGCGGCGCUCAAGGCUUGA